CGGCGCUUUACGGCACCGUAGGUGAGGGCGACGGCGUGGAUCCCUGCUCAGCGCACAUCCUCUGCUUGGGCACUGCUUCUGGGGAGCAGCGGCUUUUAGGGAGUUGGGGAAGACAGGGCCCCAACUACGAUUCUUCCAACGGUAACCAUCUGUUCCUAGUCGCCCUCCCCCUGGACUUGGAAAUGCUUUACAUGAUCGGUUUGGGCCUGGGAGAUGCCAAGGACAUCACAGUCAAGGGCCUGGAAGUUGUAAGACGCUGCAGUCGAGUGUAUCUGGAAGCCUAUACCUCAAUCCUGACUGUAGGGAAGGAAGUUCUGGAAGAGUUUUAUGGAAGAAAAUUGAUUCUUGCCGAUAGAGAAGAAGUGGAACAGGAAGCAGAUAAUAUUUUAAAGGAUGCUGAUAUCGGCGAUGUUGCAUUCCUUGUAGUUGGUGAUCCAUUUGGGGCUACAACACACAGUGAUCUUAUUCUGAGAGCAACGAAACUGGGAAUUCCUUACCGAGUUAUUCACAAUGCUUCCAUAAUGAAUGCUGUGGGCUGCUGUGGUUUACAGUUGUAUAAAUUUGGAGAGACUGUGUCUAUUGUUUUUUGGACAGACACUUGGAGACCAGAAAGCUUCUUUGACAAAGUGAAGAAGAACAGACUAAAUGGCAUGCACACGCUCUGCUUGCUGGACAUCAAAGUAAAGGAGCAGUCUUUGGAAAAUCUAAUCAAGGGAAGGAAGAUCUACGAACCGCCUCGGUAUAUGAGUGUGAACCAAGCAGCGCAGCAGCUUCUGGAGAUCAUUCAGAACCAGCGAAUGAGAGGAGAAGAGCCAGCAGUCACCGAGGAGACGCUCUGUGUUGGCUUAGCCAGAGUUGGAGCUGAGGACCAGAAAAUUGCAGCCGGCACUUUGCAGCAGAUGUGUACAGUGGACCUGGGAGGACCAUUACAUUCCUUGAUCAUCACAGGCGGCAGCUUGCAUCCACUGGAGAUGGAGAUGCUAAGUCUGUUUUCCAUACCAGAAGACAGCUCAAAAUCCCAAAGCACCGAUGGACUCUGAACUAGACGUUUUCCACAGUUAGAUGUUAAUUUCAGUCACAUAUGCGCAUACGCAUAUUUGUACAACAACUCAAACAGGUCUUUUGGUUUACCUAAUAAGUAUAAAACAACUGACCAAGAAGAAAAAUGUUGACUCAACAGUGUUUGGUUUCCUGUGGCAAUGAGUUUUUUCCCUAUGAUAUCACCAGCUGUUGCUGUUAUUUUGGCAGUGUUUCAAGGAGCAGACCAAGUUGGAAAACUUGGAGAUAGACAUCCUAGACAGAAUCACUUAGAAGCAGUUUUUGUUUAUGAAACCAGUUUAUAUGAGGUGGAACUUUCUUAAAAAGACAGAUGUCUUGACUACAAGGUAAGUUUUCUUGACAGCAUUUGGUGUUAUUGCAUAUAAAGAGAGGUAGGAGGAAUAAGUCCACACCCAGCAGUCCUGCUUACUUAAAGCUCAGCUGAGUACAUACUACAAAAUGACAUCCUUUUGAAUUAGCUUGUCUUGUUAAACUGACAUCCUAAUUAUGUGCCUCAUGUCCUGCUGUAUUUCGGAGGUUUGUAAAUGUUCAGCCAGCAUGUACAGUUGCUCUUUGGUUUUAAUUAGCAUCUUUCUCAUCCAAGCUGACAGAUGGAAAAGUUGCUGACUACAAAAUAAAACUUAAGUUUGAAGACAA